AUGACGUUUUACACAAAUAUUCCUUUCUAUGACACAUUGGGUUUUGUUUGUUUUUACCAUGGCAUGCCAUUUAAUUUUCGAAACGUUUUCAUAAUGGCAAGAACUUCACAUUCUGAAAAGGAAUUGUUCACUCGUUUAAGAAGUUCUUCACCAAGCAGACUUUCGUUUCAAGGCAUAUUCUCGGAAAUAAAAUCGGGGAAGGUCUUAGGUUAUCAACUCCAAGUGAAGAUAGAACACGAGCAAUUAACAAUUAUAUCUUAUUCCAUAGAAGGUCGUACUAAAGCAGAAACUAUUCCACUAUCGCAUGUUUGCCUGGAUAUCUUUGACGAAGAGACACGAAGAUUUUGUAUACAUUUUAGAAAUGGUGGAUUAAGAGUAUUUCAAUUGUGUGUCAAUAAAUCAAAGUCUCCACAUUAUACCUGGCGAGAUCUAGUCACUGUUAUAAGAUACCUUUCCGUCCGUAAGGUGAAACCCUUGGUUGGCAAAUCUGUUGAACUUUCAACUCGUAUUACUUGCUCGGAAACAGCACCGGGAGCGCUUUUCUCUCGUCAUCAUAUUGAUCAAAAUAUUAUAUUUGAAUAUUUUUUCGUCGAACUUAAUCUCAAAGGUAUAGGAAUUAAUCAGUUGUACCUUGGUCUCACAGACGAGUUUUUUCUUACAGCAUCGCAGACUUUGAAUUACUUGACACUGCAAGAACAAAUUCCUUUACAAAAUAUCACAAUUUUUAUAAUAAGCCAUUCUUUUCGAAGAAUAGGUGUUUUUAUAAAAAACAACACUUUCAGAAUAUUCGAAAUGUGUAAUUUUAGUGAAAAAGACAAAAACCUGAUAUACUGGAAUAAGCUCGUUGAUAUAAUAAACUUAAAAGAUCAAGACGCACCAAACAUUAAACACACAUGUUCGGAUAAAUCUUUAUUAACCACUAUCCAUUCUAAAGAUUCAGGUGUAAACACAGACGGAAAUAAUAACGUCUAUUUCGGUGACUCAGAAGACCAACCAGAUAUUGAUUUAUUAACAGAUAUUCAAUACCUAUUUGAACUGCGAGAGGAUGAAAGGUACUCUGCAACGUUUACCGAUAAAAAGCCGCAAUAUUUUGUUGGCGCUUUUUGGAAUACGUCACACGAAGCGACUCGCAAUUCUCUGUUGCGUAAGUGGGCCUCCUGCCCAGAAAUUCACAAAUGUGCUCCAGUGUCAAGAAAUAUUGUUGAAAUGGUACCUAGUAUAACAAAAUCAUCUUCUUUUACAUUUAUAGGCAGUGACAACGAAAACUUGAAUCUUUGCAUUCAAUGUUCCUACGAUGAAUUUGUCGACGAAAUCAACGAUAACACCCUGUUGGCCUUGAGUAGAAAGAUCAUGCUAGUGCAAGGUUAUAAAAAGGAUAUUAAAAAGCUAUGGUUUUCUCAAGAGAAAAUUCGAGAUUACAAAUAUUAUACCAAAGAAACAAAUCAAUUUUCGCCUUAUAGGAACAGAUCAAAUUCUGUUGACGUUUUAAACUACGUAAGGAAAUUUGAAAAAAGAAACAAAGUGGACCUUGCUGAAAGAAUGUCAAUAUAUUCAUUGAAAUUACCUACCAAAUUACUUAGCACUAAAAGACCGCGGGUAAUGACAAAGCGAUUAUCAAAUAUCGAGGCAGAACAUUUAGCAUGUGAAUUGACUUACAUAAAUAAGAUACUUCUGUUGAAAGUAAGGAUAGAUGAUAUACAAAGUAUAAACUCACAAUGUAUUUCAGAGAUGUAUGCAAAUAACAGUUUGGUAAUAUGGAUGACGUUCUCAGAACAAAUGAGGAAUAUGGUUGUUGCAGAAGUGGUCACUCAAAAAGAUAUGCUCGAUAGAUUGCAAGCCAUGCGCUAUUUCAUGAAGGUUGCCAUUGUUUGUUGGAAGAUACAAAACUUCAAUACGACAGCCAACAUACUUUGUGCUUUUCACUCCCCAGCAAUUUAUAACGUGAAGAAAGCAUGGGACUGGUUCAAGAUGAAAUAUCCCUUCACAUAUCAUUCGUUUCAGAAACUUUCAUCAGUUUUCUUCGAAGAUAAUUGUCGAUCCUACCGCAAUGCGUUUAGAAAAGCUAUUGAUAAUCCACCGUACAUUCCUUGGAUUUCCCAUUUUCUAAACCACACAGUAAUUCCAACAUGGAAAACUUACAUACAUGGUUGGAAGAAAAACCGAAUCCGAAAUUUACUAAAUGAGAAACUACAAACACUUGAAUGUAAAAGUUACAUAGCCAAUGCAAACUUGUAUAUCUCAGGGUUAACAACCAAAACCCGAAGUUAUAGGGAAUGGAGGAAUAUGAGUGACCCGAUGAUAAAGCGAUCUAUUAAAGAUCCAGAAACUAGUGAAGAAAAUAAGCCUGUAAAUACAACUGCACAUAAAGUAUCAUAUAAAGAAUGUUUUCCGGAAGUUAAUAAAUAUCACAUAAAUAUCAAGGACGUAGAUAUCCAGAAUAGAGGAGGUUCGUAUGAAAACACACCUCAAAAAUUGUAUAAAGCAAAGUUAAAUCUCGACGAUUUAACUAAGAAAAAAGCCUAUCGACUCCGCACUCAUUAUCAAGUACAAAGUUAUGAAUUAAAAUCCAGCGAGGAAAAAAGUGGAAAAUCAACUUCUACAAAAUCCAAAACAGAUUCUUCUCCGAUGGCUAGUACUUCAGAUAAUUCGCCAAAAUCUACGUCGACCAGUAACAACGCUAACGGUGAAGAAACUACUUCUAUCGCAUCAAGUAUUACUUUGCCAACAGAAAAUAUUAUAAAUGAAUUGAGUGUUCCAAAUAAUAAAAGAAAAACAAAUCGAGUAGGAAAACAUAACGAAGCCAUUCAGGAAGUGAACGAAAAUAUCUCUGCACCGUUAGUUGCAAGUCAAAACACGAAAGACGGGCAAAUAACUGGUGGUAGGCGAUUGCUUUCAACACCAAACUCUGACUGCAGUGAUUACAGGGAGGUUAUUCAAAUUUCUCAAGAAUAUGUUAAAGCGAAUGGUUCACAAAAUAUAUACGAACCCCUUCCGCAAUUCAGUUUCUCUCAAUCAAACGUUUUGAGCGAGAAUGUUAACAACUUUGUUCCGACAAUGAGACAGAGGAGUGAAACUUGUUUUCAGUUUGUUUACCCUUUGUCAAUGAAUCAAAACAAGAGCGAACCAGAAUACUUUCAAGGCGUUUCAGUUUCUUCAUCUAUAGAAAAACUCAGUAGAACAUUUUCAGAUUUUUCAAGAGAAAAGUUAUCUUUCGAAAAUUUGAGUAAAGAAGUUAGUAUUUUUCAAAGAAUUCCUGAUGAAACAAACUCUUUAAAACACAAGCAUGAAGAAGCUGGCAUUUUAGAACAUGACUUUGAAGAAUCUCAUGCCGUGGAACAAGUUUCUAAAGAAAUUGGCGUUUUCCAUACAAUUUCCGAGCCGGCUAGUAUUUUGAAAAAUAUUCCUGGAGAAGAUCGUGACCUUCAAGCAAUUUCUGGUGAAGCUAAACCUUUCUAUAACGUCUCCGACGAAGAGAGUAUUGCCGAAAAAUUUCAGGAAGUAUCCUGUGCCUUCAAAAACCUUCGCGAUGAAAUUAUUGCAUUGGAAAAAUUGCCGGAUGAAACCAAUGUUUUUGAAAACAUUCUUAACGAAACUGAUGCUUUUGAUAAAAUCCAUGACGUGGCCGGGGCUUUUGAAAUUUUUGUCAAAGAAGUCGGUUGUUUCGAAAUGCUUCUUCACAAAGAAGACGCUUUCGAGAAAAUUCGUGAAAUAGCCGAUGUUGUGAAAACAAUUCUUGAAGAAGUUAGUGGCUAUAAAAAUGCUUAUAAACAAGUUACUGAUAACGUCUCGGAUACAUUAGUAAGUGAGGCAAGCAUAGAUCUAAACAAACAAAUUAAUGAGAAACAGGAGAAUAAAAGACGUGAAGUUCCUUUGAAAUUGAGUUACUCUAAGUCAAGUAUUUCCAGUAGGAGCAGUGUUAGAUCAAUGAGUUACAUAUCAAGUAAAAAACAUUUAAAAAAUAUCAACGGGAAAGAUACUAAGGACCAGUCUGUUAGAUUUAAUAUUUACAAGCCAAAUAUUUCAACAAAGAUAACAAGUAGAAUGUCAUGUCACUCGAUGAGUGAUGUAAUGAAACCUAGCCCAGCUUCUUUCAGAUCAUCCAAUGAAUCAGUUAAAAGUAAUAGCACAGCUCCAUGUGUUCAGGCAUCGAAGACUAAACUGUUUAAAAGAAAUAUUCCUCAAAAUUCUACUCAAAAGACGAGGCUGAAAAAGAGUGGCGAGAAAACAGAAGCGAACACCAAAAGAGAGAAUAUAUUGCAAGCGAAAAACAAAUAUCUGAAACAAAGAAUAUUAAAUACAGAGAAAAAAGUAUCUAAGGGUACCGGUGGCGGAAGAUGUUGCAAAUGCCGCGCUGAAACAGAUUCACACUUAAACAAAGAGCAUCACAUUGUUCAAAAUUCGAACCGCUCCGCUCUGAAUCUACGGGAUAAAAUGAGAUCAAAGAUAAGGGAAAUACUUCUGAAAAAGUUCAAAGGGAAUUGUUCAGCUACGAGUCUUGAUCAGACUUUAUAUAACUUCUAUAAAAUCAAAGGUGGGAAAAGCUGUUCCUCGGCAUAUUUCGAUCUCUGGAAUUGCUCCCUUUGUGGUAGUGAUGUUUGUAUCUACGCUGAUCUUCCUCAGUCUUUACUCCUGUGUUUUCAGAAAGCAGCAAACUGUUACACCUUUCAAAGUCAAUAUAACGUCAGAAUGUUUCUGAAAUCCUACAUUUUCACAGAAAUGGAAAAAUUGUUUACCGAAAGUAAAAAUUAACAUUCUUUCUUGAAAACGAAAAACAAAAAAAAAACAAAAAAAACAAAACAAAACAAGA